AUGAGUGGUGCAGCUUUGGGACUCGAGAUUGUUUUUGUCUUUUUCCUGGCGUUAUUCCUACUUCAUCGAUAUGGAGACUUUAAGAAGCAGCAUAGACUUGUCAUUGUUGGAACACUGCUAGCUUGGUAUCUCUGCUUUCUGAUUGUGUUUAUACUCCCUCUGGAUGUUAGUACGACAAUAUACAACCGGUGCAAACAUGCUGCUGCAAACUCAAGCCCUCCUGAGGGUAGCAACAUGACAGGAUUGUAUGCAACUGCUAUCCCAAUCCCAAGCCAACAUCCGUGUUUCAAGCCAUGGAGUUACAUUCCUGAUGGAAUCAUGCCAAUUUUCUGGAGGGUAGUAUAUUGGACUUCACAAUUUUUAACAUGGAUUCUGUUACCUUUCAUGCAGUCAUAUGCAAGAUCAGGAGGGUUUUCCAUCACUGGGAAGAUCAAAACUGCACUAAUUGAGAAUGCAAUCUAUUAUGGCACCUAUUUGCUGAUUUUUGGAGCAUUUUUAAUUUAUGUAGCUGUCAACCCACACUUGCACCUAGAAUGGAACCAGCUUCAGACAAUUGGGAUAGCAGCUGCAAAUACAUGGGGUCUGUUUCUUCUUGUGUUGUUGUUGGGGUAUGGCUUGGUAGAAAUUCCUCGGUCAUACUGGAAUGGUGCAAAAAGAGGUUAUCUACUCAUGAAAACUUAUUUUAAGGCAGCCAAAUUGAUGACAGAGAAAGCAGAUGCAGAAGAGACUUUAGAAGAUGUUAUGGAGGAAGUUCGUAAAGUGAAUGAGAGCAUCAAGUAUAACCACCCACUGAGAAAAUGUGUUGACACAAUACUUAAAAAGUGCCCUAUAGAGUAUCAGGAAAAAAUGGGCAGGAACAUGGAUGAUUAUGAAGAUUUUGAUGAAAAGCAUAAUACCUACCCAAGUGAAAAAAGUCUGGUAAAACUACAUAAACAGGUGAUUUAUUCAGUUCAGAGACAUCGGAGAACUCAAGUGCAAUGGCAGAUUCUUUUGGAACAAGCAUUUUAUCUAGAAGAUGUAGCAAAAAAUGAAACAAGUGCUACUUGUCAGUUUGUUCAUACCUUUCAAUCGCCAGAGCCAGAAAAUAGAUUUAUUCAGUAUUUUUAUAAUCCUACAGUUGAGUGGUAUUGGGAGUGCCUUUUGCGACCCUGGUUUUAUCGGGUACUUGCUGUGGUGUUGUCCAUAUUCUCCGUGAUAGUUGUGUGGUCAGAGUGCACAUUCUUUAGCACUAGACCUGUCUUAUCCCUCUUUGCAGUCUUCAUACAGCUGGCUGAAAAAACAUACAAUUAUAUUUAUAUCGAGAUUGCUUGCUUUCUUUCCAUCUUCUUCCUCAGUAUCUGUGUUUAUUCUACUGUGUUCAGGAUUCGUGUAUUUAACUAUUACUACCUGGCUUCACAUCACCAGACUGAUGCGUAUAGCCUUCUCUUCAGUGGCAUGUUAUUUUGCCGUUUGACUCCUCCUUUAUGUCUUAAUUUCUUGGGUUUGACCCACAUGGAUUCUUCCAUCUCUCACCAAAAUACACAGCCAACUGCUUAUACAUCUAUUAUGGGUUCCAUGAAAGUUUUAUCCUUUAUUGCAGAUGGGUUCUAUAUAUAUUAUCCUAUGUUGGUGGUAAUACUCUGCAUUGCUACGUAUUUUAGCUUGGGAACUCGUUGUUUGAAUCUACUUGGUUUCCAGCAGUUCAUGGGAGAUAAUGAUAUGACAUCAGACUUGGUUGAUGAAGGAAAAGAAUUAAUCAGACGAGAGAAGAGAAAAAGGCAACGGCAAGAAGAAGGUGAAAAUAGAAGAAGAGAAUGGAAAGAGCGUUAUGGACACAGUAGAGAAGAUUCCACUAGAAACAGAAAUGUUCAUAUUGACCCGAAAGAAUCGAACUUCUCAGAAAUGAGUACCAACCGAUCGACAUCUAAAUAUACCAGGGCUAAUAACAGGGCUGAAAGGGACCGAAUAGAACUUCUUCAGGAUGCGGAACCUUUGGAUUUUAAUGCAGAAACGUUCACUGAUGACCCUCUUGAAUCUGAAUCAGGAAGGUAUCAGCCUGGUGGACGAUACCUCUCAAUGUCUCGCAGCAGAAUAUUUGAUGAUGUUUAA